AUGCUGGCAAAAUGUCUCCCGCAGGUUUUGAGUAGAAAUGUUUUGAAAAACACAAGAAGUAAGUUAAAGUUUUUAUAAUAGAUGUUUUUGACAUGUAUUUAUAUCCUGUAGAUUACUUUUUACACUGUAUUCUUGCAGAUGUUGCGACAUUCAACUACCUAGACGCGUUUGAUUUGGACAGUCAGUUAACAGAAGAUGAAAAGGCUUUGAAAGACCAAGCCAGAAGUUAUUGUCAAGACAAAUUACAAUCUCGGGUAACUCAAGCCUUCAGGAAUGAGACGUUCGACCCAUCCUUAAUACCUGAACUGGGACAGAUGGGAUUGUUAGGAGCUCCAUACGAGGGAUAUGGUUGUGCUGGUGUUUCCACAGUUGGGUACGGGUUAUUGGCACGAGAAGUAGAACGAGUUGACAGUGGAUAUAGAUCUAUUAUGAGUGUUCAGACCAGUCUUGUGAUUGGACCUAUCUACAACUAUGGUAAGUUAAACGCAAUUUAAAGUUAAUAUUGUGUGUUGUUGAUUAAACAUGAUCUCUAAUUACUUUUGAAAGUGUUAUGAAAAAACUAGCUUUUUAAUGUCUAAUAUAAUUUAUGAAAAAUAUAUUACUUCAUCUUCAGGAAGCAACGAGCAGAAAGAAAAGUACAUUCCUGAUCUUGCCGCAGGUAAAAAGAUAGGAUGUUUUGGUUUAACAGAGCCGAAUCAUGGUUCGAAUCCAGCGGGAAUGGAGACUAGAGCUGCCUUUGAUGAAAACAAGAAAGUGUACGUUCUUAAUGGUACUAAGACAUGGAUCAGUAAUUCUCCUGUAGCCGACGUCUUUAUUGUUUGGGCCAGAAGUAAGAAACAUGGCGGCAAAAUUAGGGUGAGUUUUAAAUACAAUCAGUUUAGAAUCGCUAAUACAAUGUAAAAUAAUAUAAUAUAUUUUACAGGGGUUUAUCCUUGAAAAAGGCAUGAAAGGAUUGACAGCUCCGAAGAUCGAAGGAAAGAUCUCUUUGAGAGCUUCAAUUACCGGUCAGAUUGCCAUGGAUGAUGUUGAAGUGCCAGAAGAAAACUUACUGCCCAAUGCUGAAGGUAUCAAUGGUCCAUUUGGCUGUCUGAACAAUGCUCGCUUAGGAAUUGCAUGGGGCGCUCUGGGAGCUGCUGAAACUUGUUUUACGACCGCAAGGGACUACGCUUUGGAACGGUGA